AAACUCUGUCAUAUAUACAUAUCAGAGAGGGAAACUAUUUUUGAAGAUACCAUACUUUGCCUAAGCCUAGAGGAUAACAACGCAAUAUUAGACUGCUAGCCUUCUGCUUCUCAACAACAAGCGGAUAGGAAUAGCUCCUAUGGCUCCUUCAUCAUCAUCUGGCAGUUUCUUAGUUUUUUUUGGGAUAUUCAGUUUUAUGUUUAUAUCGUCAAUGUUGUUGGUCAACUCUGCUAUUGAGAACGGAACUCAAGUAGGAAAUAUUGAGCUUAAUGAUUCGGCCAGGAUUAGGAGGAAUCUCUUGGAUAAUGGCCUUGGCUUAACUCCCCAAAUGGGGUGGAAUAGUUGGAACCAUUUCCAUUGUGACAUUAACGAGACAUUGAUCAAGGAAACUGCUGAUGCAAUGGUCUCAAGUGGUCUAGCUGCUGUUGGAUACACCUAUAUCAAUUUAGAUGAUUGUUGGGGAGAACUCAAUAGGGAUUCUCAGGGGAAUUUGGUUCCUAAAGCUUCAACAUUUCCUUCAGGCAUUAAGGCUCUUGCAGGAUAUGUUCAUGGAAAAGGGCUUAAGCUUGGAAUUUACUCAGAUGCAGGGACUCAAACUUGUAGCCAGACCAUGCCUGGGUCCCUAGGACAUGAAGAACAAGAUGCAAAAACCUUUUCCUCAUGGGGAGUUGAUUACUUGAAAUAUGACAACUGUGGAAAUACUGGCAUAAGCCCAAAGGAAAGGUACCCAAAGAUGAGCAAAGCUUUACUUGACUCAGGGAGGCCCAUAUUUUUCUCUCUAUGCGAAUGGGGACAAGAUGAUCCUGCAACUUGGGCAACAAGUAUAGGAAAUAGCUGGAGAACAACCGGAGACAUUGAGGAUAAAUGGGUGAGCAUGACAUCCAUCGCAGAUCAAAAUGACAAAUGGGCUUCGUAUGCUCAACCUGGAGCUUGGAAUGAUCCCGAUAUGCUUGAAGUAGGAAAUGGUGGCAUGACAACGGAAGAAUAUCGGUGCCAUUUCAGCAUAUGGGCAUUAGCUAAAGCUCCGCUGUUGAUUGGCUGCGAUGUUAGGUCUAUGGAUAAUGUGACAUUUGAAUUGUUAAGCAAUAAGGAGGUUAUUGCGGUCAAUCAAGAUAAACUUGGAGUCCAGGGUAAAAAGGUGAAGAAAUAUGGAGAUCUUGAGGUAUGGGCUGGCCCUCUGACUAACGAGAAGGUAGCCGUGGUGUUAUGGAACAGAGGAUCUUCCCGAGCAAACAUCACUGCUUAUUGGUCAGAUAUAGGCCUUAAGCCUUCAACUAUUGUUGAAGCUCGAGACUUAUGGGCGCAUUCAACAAAGAGGUCGGUUCGAAAUCAGAUUUCUGCUCAAGUGCAUUCCCAUGCUUGUAAAAUGUACACUCUGAAACCCCAUAGAAGAGUUAACCCUUGACCAAAAGUGACUUCUUUUAUGGAGAGUAGUGGAGUGAUAACAGCAGCAAGCAUGUAGAGACUAUACAUGUGCUUAUAUAUUGUGAUUUUUUACAACAAGGAAUGAAUUUAGCUUCAAGAAAUUAUGCAAAUUUGUACCAAAUAAAUUUAAUUGAAU